AUGCCACCUCGCCGUAAUCCACGAAUUACUGCAGAGGGUCUGCUUCACGACCUAUCCGCUCAGACGCAACAUUUUUUGAUGUUUCUAGAGGUUGAUCUCACUCCAGCUAUUGCGGAAGCCGGCACAACCAGUGAAUUUCCAAGUUUCGUGGAUUUUGUUUCAUGUGGUGCGAGUUCACGCUUAUGGAUCCUACGCCUACAAACCAUCUUUCAGUGGUCUUCUCUAGCCUUGGAAGAGGAAGAGUGGCUACGGAGACAAGGAUUAGACCGUGCACAUCCUGGAAAUCAGGUCCGCGGUGUCUGGUCGAUGCCGUCUUUCCUUCGUCACCUAGGGCGGUCAAAGGAUCACAAUGCUUGUAGUGCUCUUCAACAGGGUCGAAAGCUUAGGAGAUUUGAGAUUGAGUUCGGUGAAGGAAUUGCACUUUUGUUCGCCCCGGUCUUGCCUACUUUCCGUCGAUUAUCGCUUAUCGAAGAAGCCAAAGCUAUGCAGCUUCUAAGAGGCAGCCAUGCCAAUAUUCUUGUUAACGCACAACGACUUCUGCCUCUUAAGUCUAAGUAUCAAACAUUGGUAGUAACUCAUAUGCUUCUCUAUCUCUCACGACUAACCCAAUUCUUGUCUAGGUUUCGCAUCCGAUAA